CAGCUCGCCAGCCCGACCCUGUACAUACAACACAAUCACGGCGCUGCGACUACAGUGAAGACGACUGUGAAUUCUCAGACUGUAUUCAGGUGAGAUAACCUGAUCGCUCGCAGGUGCCAUGAAUUGGGCUUUUCUUCAGGAUCUCUUGAGCGGGGUCAACAAGUACUCCACCGCUUUCGGUCGGGUCUGGCUGUCCAUAGUCUUCCUUUUCAGGAUCAUGGUCUUCGUUGUUGCUGCAGAGAAGGUGUGGGGCGACGAGCAGAAAGACUUUGCAUGUAACACUGCUCAGCCUGGCUGCCACAACGUCUGCUACGACCACUUCUUCCCGGUGUCCCACAUACGACUGUGGGCGCUGCAGCUCAUCUUCGUCACCUGCCCGUCAUUCCUCGUGGUCCUGCAUGUGGCGUACCGUGACGAACGUGAACGCAAGCACUGCCUGAAAUACGGUGACGACUGUCAGCGGUUGUACAUCAACACCGGAAAGAAGCGCGGUGGUCUUUGGUGGACGUACGUCCUCUCGCUGGUAUUUAAGAUAGGAGUGGAUGUGACCUUCGUGUAUCUGCUAUAUCACAUCUAUGAGGGCUAUGACUUCCCCACCAUGGUGAAGUGUUCUGAGUCUCCCUGCCCCAAUGUGGUCGACUGCUUCAUCUCUCGGCCCACAGAGAAACGAAUAUUCACCAUCUUCAUGGUGGUGUCAAGUCUGGUGUGCAUCCUGCUCUCGCUCAUCGAGACACUCUACCUGGUGGGCAAACGCUGCUUUGAGUGUGUCCACAGGGUGCAAGGGUCACGGCAGGUAAACAAGGCAAGGUCCAUUGCAAACAUGAGGGGCUCAAAUACUCUUUUAGAGACAAACAGCAAGAAACUGGUGAGGAAUGACCAGCCAGCGCCAGCAUACAGUGUGGUCAUCUCAUCCUAAAGAAAACAUGAAAAAAAAAAAAAACUUUGGCCCAAUGUGGGACUCCAAGAGAUGGAAAAUGUUCUUCACGUUCACCACGAUGUGAACUCGAACCAGACUGACUCAAUGGACGGUUGGCAAUAGAGGAAGCUGCUUGUAUGCUUACACUAUAUCCACUGGAUCUUUUUGCUGGAAAAAAAAGUUGUGGCCUGAUAAAAAACAUUGUAUAUUUGAAAAACGCCAUCAUUCAGGAUGACACUGUCUUUAGUCUGACUUAAGCAAGUCAGUUCAGGGUUUUGGGUGUGGUGUGGCUUCUGUUAGGCCAAGCUCCAGAACACCAACGGGCACUUUGAUCAAAUAACAAAUACAAAACACUUGGUAUAAGACCAGAUAAUUACUAUUAAAUACUACAUAUUUGCCAGUUUUUAAAUUGACACUAACAAGCAAAACGUGACUGCAAAUGAUGCUAAAGAACUCUUCCGUUCACAUAUUUUAAUAAUUGUUCGAUUGUACUAAUUUUUUUGUGUGCAGGAAACAAAAAAGGCCAUUAUCUAUGAAAACCUGUUUCCAUCUUAAUAUUUCACAAUUUGAAAAAUCUGUCAUCAUUUACUCACCCUCCUGUCAUUCUGAAC